AUGCCUCUAAAUAAUUUAAAAGUAGUAGGUCUUAAUUGCGGUACUAGUGUUGAUGGUAUUGAUUUGGCAGUGGUGAGCAUAGAAAUCGAAAAAUUGGAUACGGAGAACAAAAUUGUUGAUCUUGCAGUGAAGUUAUUACAUUAUUUCGAAAUCCCAAUGGAGCAUGCUGCUAAAAGGAGAAUUUUGAAUGCUUGCAUUCCGGGGACACCUAUAUCUACUGCAGAGCUCUGUGACAUGAACUUUGCCAUUGGUGAAAUAUUCGGCAAUGCUACACUCAAUAGUGGAUUCGAUAUCAAGAAAGUAGAUUUGAUAGCUAGCCAUGGUCAAACUAUUUGGCACGAGCCACGCGGUGCCAUCCGAAAUUCUACAUUGCAGCUCGGUGAGCCUGCUGUAAUUGCAAAUAUUAGUGGUAAGACUGUGAUAAGUGGUUUUAGGUCAGCAGAAGUUGCAGUUGGAAGACAAGGAGCACCAAUAUGCGGAUUUUUGGAGUCAGCGAUACUUCUGAAUCAUGAACUUGUAAGGGUGAGCCAAAAUAUAGGAGGAAUUGGCAAUGUAACUGUAGUGGAUCCUAAACAGCAAUUUUUUCAAUUUGACACUGGUCCUGGGAACAUGUUAAUAGACAGCGCCGUGAGGAUUCUAACGGGCGAAGCGCAGCAGUUCGAUAUUGAUGGGAAAAUUGGGGAACUGGGAGAGGGCCAAAUUGAUCUGGCCUUUGUGGAAGAUUUUUUGAAGAAUGAAUACUUUAGCCUCAUGCCACCAAAAACUACAGGACGAGAGUUAUUUGGUGAUAACGUUAGUGCGAAAGUAGUGAAAUCACUUCAAGACAAGGGCCUAAGCCAAGAGGCAAUUGUUGCAACAAUGACUCGAAUUACCAGUGAAAGUAUUGCUAGAGCUUACGAGUCACUAGUUAUACCACAGAUUUCCUCAAAGAAAAUCGAUGAGAUAUAUCUUUGCGGCGGUGGAGCACAUAAUCCGAAUAUUUUAAAGCAUCUUAGGAAUAGAUUUCCACAUACAACAAUACAGAAAAUUGAUAAAAUAGCACCAAUAUCGGCAGACGCAAAAGAAGCGGUUGCGUUUGCAGUAUUGGGUUAUUUGACAUUAAAUAAUAUUCGCCUCCCUAUCCCUCGAUUCUCUGAAUCUGAUACUAAAGUAACUUUAGGUAAUAUCACCCCCGGUGAAAAUUUUGGAUCUUUAAUGGCCAAAUUAGAACUAGCAGAUGUUCCAUUAACUUUAGGUAACAUAAAAAUAUCGACUAACUAA